GAAAGCUCCUUCCUUCUCGCUGCACGUCUAUAAAACAAACCAAAAACAAUCCAAACCUCUUCCAACGUCUGCACCCAAACGGCUAACAUUUCAAAAACACAAAUUCAACAUUUCUGAAGGACUAAAAAAAACUAUAAAAACAGGCUGGAGAUGGAGGCAGCGCCGGGCGGUCUCGGGCGCUGUUCGUGCGCGUUCUGGCUCGCCGUGUCUUUCGACGUGCUCGGACUCAUCAUAUUGUUGCUCGGCGUUUUUGGAGAUCUCUUCUUCUAUGACUUUUUAAUAUACGCGGGAGCCAUCAUCAUAUUCCUGAGCCUCAUCUGGUGGGUUUUCUGGUACACGGGUAAUAUCGAGGUGCCUCCCGAAGAGCUUGAGGAUGAUGUGGGCUUGCUGAAAAAGGGUAGGGGUUUGGCUGGAGUGGUCAGGAGGUUCUCCAGUCGCCUCUCCAGCGGCAUCAGGAACUCUUUCAGGAGAAAUGGGGGACCCAGAGGUCAAGGUGCGACGCCUGGUCAGGGGAAGCACAGAAGAGAAGUGCCAGUGACUCUUGCAAUGACCUCUCAGGAUAAUGUGAGCACUGUUUCUGGGGCAGUGACCGGAGAGACUCAGGCUAUAUGAACCACCAUGUACAGGCUACAGAAGAGGAUAAUCAACCAUGACAAUGCCUAAGCAGAGUUUUAUUUUUUUUUCUCUUGUUGAAAUAUGAUUUUAUUUUUUUGAUAUUGUUGUUUUUAUCACAAGUGUUUACAAUUGUGUAUUAUGUAAAAUACUCUUUUGUUGAUUUGUUUUGUGCUUUGUACUCUAUUUUGAAAUUAUGCAUUGACAAGAGCAGCAAUAAAUGAUUAUGUAUUUUCCUACA